AUGUCCGUCACACCGUGGCACACGCUAUCAUUCUCGACCAUCGUCCUAGAGUGGCAAACCGCAGCCUCUUUCCCUACGCACAGCUCACAUUCACUCCCCCAAUACUUCCUUCAACGCCUCGCUACCAUGGCACAAUGGGUCAUCGAUCAGCUCAAUGCUCGUCUACAAAGCAGACGAGAUAUACUGCACUCCCUCUUCUCCAACGAGAUCACGACACAACAAGCCGCCGAGGACCUAGCCACCAUCACAGAGUCCCGGAUUGAAGAGCUCGACCCAGACAGCACCGACCCUACCGAACAGAACUGCAACUCCGUGAUCGAAGACACCUGGCUCGUUAUCUAUUUUCACGCCCGAGACAACCCGUCACAUCAAGACCUACUCGUUGAAGUUCUGCUGCACAUGUCUAAACUCCCGACUCCUCGCUUCGUCAACGGGACAAAAGCAGAAGCCAAUGGUCAGAAACUUUGGAGCGAGCUCCCAGAAAUCCGUUGGAUUGGACGCGAGCACUGGGAGGCCCCGAUACGUAUGCGUGCCGCACCACCGUGGGAAACCAGCGAUCGCGCGCAGUCGAUCGCCAAUUUUGUAAACAUCAAUGCUUUCCUUGCACGUCAGCAAGCGACAGGCUUGUCUUUUCUGGAUCAUAGUCUUCUGGCUCUCUGGACGUUUCGAGCCGCGCUCGAGUACCCCAGUAUCGAGCGUGCGAAGAUGUCUCCGCUGGACUUCAAUGUCCCUGGCGCAGCGGUGUGGAUCGAGAUUGCAGGCGAGCAUUUAUUUGGAAUGGAGAAGGAAUUUCCGCAUGGUGGUAAUCAAGGCCGUCCGGGAUUGGGAGGUCCGCUUUGGGACGGCAUGUACGGGUUUUGUGGGGAGCGGUGGGCGUUGUGGCGUCGUAGGUUUGGUGAGCUGGCUGACGCGAGUGAGUUGGAGCACGAGCUGAGAGAUCUGAGCUCCAGAGCCGAGGCGAAGAUGAAGGAGAUUGAGGCUCAUGCAGUGUCAAAACAAAUAAGCUGGAGUUCUGGCUAG